UGAGGGAAAUGCGAGAAAGGCGGUACAAAGGGGAAACCUGAGCGAAACUGGAAGUGAAAUUUAUUCCCACAAACUGAGGGCGGCCUCUGCGGAAAGUCCCGUCUCGAAGCCAAUCAGCAACUGCCAACAAUUUGAAAAGCGGGUGGGAGGGGAAUGUCCGUUAACGAUCAGCGCGACGGAUCGAGUGAUCCCAGGAUGUGAGGGGAGAUCGAGUGAUCCUAGGAGUGUGUGAGAAGGGGAGAUCGAGUGAUUUCUAAUAACAGGUGCAGACAGUUUCUUUGGAAGACCUUGAUAGGAUCGGCCAUUGUUGUUUUCCUGUGACAUUAACUGUUCCAAUUAUGAAAAUAUACCAGUUUUAAAAUUUGAUACUUUUUACUUCAUAAUGGAGGGCUAGACUCACAUGGGCACAUUACCUUUUUUGGAAGGAGCUUUGUUUCUCUUCACUGUCGCAGUUCAAUUUUUUUUUUGAAAGGAGUACUUGGUACCAUGUUGAAUUGAAACCCUUGCACUGAUCAUAGUUUAUGAAAUUCCUGUUUCCUCUGAUCCCUUACUUUUUGCAAUGCAACAUUUGGUAGCAUGUUAAACAAAAACUCCUUAGCCUAUGUUUAUCUGGAAAUGUAGCAUAUGAGAAAGAAAUGAAGAAAUUUAAGAAAUGGAUUUGUAUUAACAAAAAAAUUUCUUCACUCUUGGAAUUAAAUUCAAUUACAUGAGCAAAGCCAUCUCACAGUUUUGAAUAUUAAAGUGCCUGUUACAGCUAAGUGCAUUGUUCUGAAUGCUCAGAUAAUCUGUUCUGAAUUUUCAGGAUUUGAAGAAACCAAAAAGAGCCACAAAUAGAGAAAAUUAAUAAUCAAAAAUUUAAGACUUAAUUUUUCAGCCAACACCAAAGCAGAUCAGUUGGUCCUGCUCUCAUUCCUGAGGGACCUUGCUAAAUUGUCUGCCAUGUUUCCCACAGAAUUAUAACAUUUCAGAGCUACUUGAGAGGAUCCAAAAUUUUACAGUUAAUUAGGUGUGUCAGCUUUUUUUUCUUGGCUUUCUUCUUUCUUUCACAGAAUUUCCUUUGUUUAAUUAUGGUUCUCUUUAACUCCAAAUCAAAAAUCCUGAUUCUUAAUUCACCUUGAGAGGAAACCAGCCACAGCAUAUAGAUGUUCUUGUUUAGCAUGUUGCUAAAUGUGGGCACUGCAGGUUUCUCUUUAAAUGGGGUGAUAUUAACAUUCUAAUAAUUUCAGCGUCUCUAUGUGGAACCUCCUAGGUUUGGGUUGGAUUCAUGGCUUCAUUAUUUAACUGCGGUCUGACAUGCAUUUUAAUACUUAUCCACUCCCAUGUACAUGACUCUCACCAGCCUGACUUCAAACUGAGAAACAUUUUUGUUUUGACAAGCUGUUAACAAAGCUCCUUCCAAAAAAGGUAAGCCCUUAUUCUAUAUAAUACUCUUCAUGAAUAUAUUACAAAAUCAGAAUUUUGGUUACUUCAGAAUUGGCAGAGAUCAAGAGCUGCAGUAUGAUUUGUCCUCAGAACUUUACCGAAUUUCAACGUUUGCUCACUUUCCGUCAAACGCUUUGGUGUCUGAAAGGAGUCUUGCACGUGCUGGAUUCUAUUACACUGGUGUAAGUGAUAGAGUGCAGUGUUUCAGUUGUGGAAUCACUGUUGACAAUUGGCAAAUGGGCGACAAUGCUGUUGAAAGGCACAGAAGAUGCAACCCAAGCUGCAGUUUUAUUCAGAAUCUGCCUUCAGUUGUUGAACACUUUUCGGUUCGUUCCACGUUUUCUCCGACUGCAACCUCUUUGCAAUCAUCAUUUCAUGAAAAUGGAGCUCAUAUUGGAUUAGAGUACAGCAGUCCUAGUGAUCCAGUUGUCUCCAGAAGUGUGGAAAAUAUUUCUCAUCAAUUGAGAUAUCCGCAGUACAGUGCAGCUAUGUGUAGUGAAGAAAUGAGACUGCAAACUUUUCAGAAUUGGCCCUCUUAUUCUUCUUUAAUUCCUGCAGAGCUAGCUAAAGCUGGAUUUUAUUAUACUGGGGAAGAAGAUAGGGUUGCAUGUUUUGUUUGUGGUGGAAAGUUAAGUAAUUGGGAACCUGGAGAUCAUGCAACAUCUGAACAUAGAAGACAUUUUCCUUCAUGCCCCUUUGUUUUGGGGAAUCAGAUGGGUAACAUUCCAAUGAGUAAUACAGAAUCUCAAAGACUGGAAGAAAGACAUGAAACAGUUCGAGCUAUGCAUCCACGACAUCCUGAGAUGCAAUCUUACGAUACUCGACUACAGACUUUUUUGAGAUGGCCAGUCAGGAAUUUUAUUCAACCUGAACAAUUAUCCCGAGCUGGAUUCUACUAUGUUGGGCAAAAUGAUGAUGUGAAAUGUUAUUAUUGUGAUGGUGGCCUGAGGAGCUGGGAAGCUGGAGAUGAUCCAUGGGUGGAACAUGCAAAAUGGUUUCCAAGGUAA